AUGUCGCCCGGUGCCCCACCCCACUCCCAAGAACCAAAGGCACCCCUUCCAGAGAAGAACAAGAGGGGCCUCGUCAUUAAUAGCGCUGGCGGCAAGGAGGAGUCAGAUGCUGGGGCAAAUCAGAGCUCUGUGAACAUCCCUGAAAGGGCGCAGGUGGAGUCAGAGCAGGGGCUGCCUCCAGCUGCAGGGGCAUUGCCCGUUGCCGGGGAAAAGCAGAGGAAGGCACCAAGUGGCCGGGAGAGGGAGGCCAGGAGAGGCACGCCCAGAGGGCAUCACCAGGAGCGCAAGGAAGAGCCAGCAGCCACCACCUUCUUUGGAGAAUUGCCCUGGGACAAGCUGUGUCGCUUCUGCAGCAGAGAAGCCCAGGCCAAAACUCAUUGGCUGGUGGGCGCUAGGAAUAGCCAGUCCUUCUCCACAAGAUGCAGGUGCCGGGACUGCUGGCCAGUGACCCUGAGCAACCGGGGAAGCUGCGCUGUCAACGACCUGUCACAGCAAAUCACCUCAGGCCACUGCAUCCCCAAAGAGCUGCCACUGAGCCAGUCUUGGCCCCUGCCCCUCGGGACCUCACCCAGCAGGCAUGACAGCUGGCACCAGGGAGGCCAGUCCCGCCGGGGCUGCCAAGCCAGGGCACCUGCUGCCGCUGUGCAGGCCCGGGCUUGGGAAGUGUCAUCUCCUUCCCCUCUGCUAGGACAACCCAGGCGCCCCCUUUUUGUUUCAGACUAUGUGGAGAAGCCUUUGAAGUUGGUCCUGAAGGUGGGAGGGAACGAAGUCACCGAGCUGUCCACAGGUAGCUCGGGACACGACUCGAGCCUCUUCGAAGACAAAAAUGAUCACGACAAACACAAAGACAGAAAACGGAAAAAGAGGAAGAAAGGAGAGAAGCAGGUGCCUGGGGAAGAAAAGGGGAGAAAACGGAGACGAGUCAAGGAGGAUAAAAGAAAGCGAGAUCGAGAUCGUGUGGAGAAUGAGGCAGAAAAAGACUUUCAUGCCCCUGUAAGAUUAGACUUGCCUCCUGAGAAGCCUCUCACAAGCUCUUUAGCCAAACAAGAAGAAGUAGAACAGACACCCCUUCAAGAAGCUUUAAAUCAACUGAUGAGACAGUUGCAGAGAAAAGACCCAAGUGCUUUCUUUUCAUUUCCUGUGACUGAUUUUAUUGCUCCCGGCUAUUCCAUGAUCAUUAAACACCCAAUGGAUUUUAGUACCAUGAAAGAAAAGAUCAAGAACAAUGACUACCAGUCCAUAGAAGAAUUAAAGGAUAACUUCAAACUAAUGUGUACCAAUGCCAUGAUUUACAACAAACCAGAGACCAUUUAUUAUAAAGCUGCGAAGAAGCUUUUGCACUCAGGAAUGAAAAUCCUUAGCCAGGAAAGAAUUCAAAGCCUGAAGCAGAGCAUAGAGUUCAUGGCCGACUUGCAGAAAACCCGAAAGCAGAGAGAGAGAGCAGAUGCCUCCCAGAGUGGAGAGGACAGUGGCUGCUGGCCCCGAGAGCGGGACAGCUCUCUAGACCCUGACAUACAAGCCUUCAGAAAUCCCAGUAAGGACAAUAAAAAGAAAGACAAAGAUGUGUUUGAAGAUAAAUGGAGAAGCAGCAACUCAGAAAGGGAUCAGGAGCAGAUCGACCGUGCUGUCCAGGAGUCAGGAGGGAAGCUGACCCGACGACCAGCCAACAGCCAGUGUGAAUUUGAAAGGAGAAAACCAGAUGGAACAACAACACUGGGGCUUCUCCAUCCUGUGGAUCCCAUCAUAGGAGAACCAGGCUACUGCCCUGUGAGACUAGGAAUGACAACUGGAAGACUUCAGUCUGGAGUGAAUACCUUGCAGGGGUUCAAAGAAGAUAAAAGGAACAAAGUAACCCCAGUAUUAUACUUGAAUUAUGGGCCUUACAGUUCAUAUGCCCCCCAUUAUGACUCCACUUUUGCAAAUAUCAGCAAAGAUGAUUCUGAUUUAAUCUAUUCAACAUAUGGGGAAGACUCUGACCUUCCAAGUGAUUUCAGUGUCCAUGAGUUUUUGGCAACGUGCCAAGAUUAUCCAUAUGUUAUGGCAGAUAGUUUACUGGAUGUUUUAACGAAAGGAGGGCAUUCUAGGACCCUACAAGAACUGGAGAUGUCAUCACCUGAAGAUGAAGGCCAGACCAGGACACUUGACACAGCAAAAGAAAUGGAGGUUACAGAAGUAGAGCCAGCAGGGCAUUUGGACUCCGGCACUCAGGACAGGCUCACAGCACUGAAAGCAGUAAUAAACUUUGGUGUUCCAGUUGAAGUUUUUGACUCUGAAGAGGCUGAAGUGUUCCAGAGGAAACUUGAUGAGACCACAAGAUUGCUCAGGGAGCUCCAGGACGCACAGAAUGAGCGGCUGAGCACCAGGCCCCCUCCCAAUAUGAUCUGUCUCCUGGGUCCAUCAUACCGAGAAAUGCACCUGGCUGAACAAGUGACCAAUAAUCUUAAAGAACUUGCCCAGCAAGUCACUCCAGGUGAUAUCGUGAGCAUGUAUGGAAUUCGGAAAGCAAUGGGGAUUUCCAUUCCUUCCCCCAUGGUGGAGAACAACGUCGUAGAUCUAACAGGAGACUUGGAAGAACUUAAGAAGACUGAUGUUGCUGAGUGUGGACCUGAUGGGAGCUGAGGCUGUUAUUUCAUUAUAUAUUAUGUACAUAUUUUUUUCAUUCUGAACUUGGAAAUGCUUUUCAGAAGAUAUUAACUAUUUGUAAAUUGUGUUUUUAAUUAAACUUUGGAACAAUCAACUUUAAUGUUCCAGAGAUUGGGCUUCUAUUAGGUAAUAAAGUUGAACCUGGGACUCUGGCGAAGAAUAUCGUGCUAUCACCUGACUUACCCCUUGGCCUUUCUGAGGAUGAUGUGACCAAGAGGAGACCUCAGAUCAUAUCAGCCCCUAAAAGAAGAAAUCCUCAAAAUUAUUGAAAUUCCUCAUUGGACACAUUCCCCAUUAAAGAAAUUAAGACCAAGUAAUUCUUAACUUAGCAGACACCAUCUCGGUCAUUUAUCCGGAGUGUUCCUUAUGAGGAGGAAAUGGUGCUGGAGCUGCUGCUGGAGCUGGGUGGCCUUCUUCAGAACAGUGUGGUAGCACUUGUGUUUCCCCAGCAGCAGCAUAACUAAGCAGCUCUUUAGAGACAGCCCCAUCCAGGAAGAUUUUGUACUAAUACCGUGGAAACAAACCUGAAAUACUUUUGGGAUUUAUCAGUGUAAUUGCACUCGCUAAUUGAUGGGAAUGAUGUCCUUGUGCAUAGUGAUUAGGUCCCUCACCAUGCCCAGUCACUAAGCUCAGAUGAAUGGUGAUUCUUCUGAAUCUAGUUCAGGACAUAAUCUGUUUAAUAAAAAGCAAAUAUUGGACUGGGGCCGUAGUUCAGUGGUAG